AUGGCGCGGACAAAGACGGAAGCAUCUAGGCAUGCGACACUCCGGGAGAUCUGCUCAAACAUCAGUCGAGAAACGCUGGACGUCGCUCUUUCGAAGCUUAGCGAAGAUGCAGCAAGUGAGUUACUACAAGCCGUCAGUACGGUGGUGGUAGCGAAGCCGAUGCCUGCAAGAAAGAAGACAUCUACAAGCUCCUCUGGACCAAGACAGUCAGGUGUAUCCAAGAAACCGAGGAAACCUAUGAAGAAGAAUCCCUAUGCGAGGAGAAAGAAGAAGCCAGCCGCCAGCCAGCCAACUCCUGGGUGGACAGUCGACGCAGCAAACGCAGCCUCCAAAGGUCUAUAUAACGAAGGAACGUGGUGUUACCGUAACGCGCUGCUGCAGUGUCUCCUUCACAUGCCAGCAUAUUGUAAUGCCCUGGCUAUCAUGCACCCGAAAUGCACACUGGGAGCAAGGCGCUGUGUUCGGUGCGCACUGAAGAGCGUUGCCACACGAUACUGGGGCCGUAGUCAGUUUCCGGCCAACGCCUUCGCGAACCCAGGGGCAGAUCUUGAUGCUGCCCUUAGGCGUGCCAUAUCCCCCGAGGAUGUGCGAAUCGGCGAAGACAUCCACCGACCUAUGCAGAGCUGCCCCUUCGAUAUCUGGGAGGUUGGCUUCGUCGAACAGUUGCAUGGUGGAAAAGAUACGACCAACAAAGAUUCGCCUAUGAUUACAAGUACGUUCCAGAUCCAGACCAAAGAGGUAUGGACAUGCCAUACUUGCCUCAGAUUCUACGACAAUGUCGCGUCUGUAACAGAACGCGGAAUCGAUGUUGGAAUCACAAAGCCGAAGCCAGGACUUCCGCUCGAGGAAUACAUUGACAACGAGUGGGCCACAUGGGACGUUCCAAGAACCUGCGAGAAUCCGGCUUGUGCUGAUUCUGCACCCGGCAGUAGUGAUCGACCUCCUCAAAUUAUGAGACGCAUCAUAACGAGCGGUCCUGACGUUCUGGUCAUACGGUUCAGGCGCUUCGGAUUCAAGACCAACAAAACCGGCGAGGAGAUCACAGUGCCGACGAUAGUUGAUGGCAAGACAAUGAUGUACAGGGUAGAGGACAGAUUGGACCAUGUCACUUCCUUCCCGGAGGAGCUGGAUCUAUCGCAAUACGUCGAGGGCGAUGCUCGACUCGUGUAUAAGAUUGAAGGUGUCGUUUCGCACAGGGGACAGACCAUCGAGCGUGGCCACUAUGUAGCAACAGUUCGCCGUAAGAAUGGUCGUGGGAUCAACAUCGUGAACGACAGUAGGGUGAUCGAGGUCCGCAACAAGAAGCGGUUUAUCGACAUGAUGAAUGACCCUGGCAAGGCCGAUGAGGACUAUAAGGACUUUAGACCUUGUGUCCUCUUCUAUAGGAAGACAGCUGGGUAG